UCCACAAUACAUAAUUUUAGGAUUCAAUGUUAAAACUGAUUGUAUGUUUUAGUGACUUGAUUUGAUGAACUGAUGUGCCACUACUAUUGUGGCUGCUGUUCAUACUACUACUUAGUAGUUUGUUUUCUUAAAUUUUCUUGCAUCAACUUAUAUUGGGUCCUAUUAAUGUUCGUGCAUCUCGUAAGGAAGUGUCGCUUAUGUUGUAAUUAGUUGUUGUUUUUCUUUGGCGUAGAACAAUUCAAUUAUUGAAAUGUCUACUUUAAGUUUCGGUAUCUGAUAUAUAUAGUCUGUGCUAUAAUUGUAUGUACACUUCUUGCGCUCUUAAGUGGCCAUUCAGUUUACAUACUUUAAGUUUCUAUCAGUAUGUAAACUAAAAAUCAUGAAGCUGUGGAAGUUUCUUAUGCAUAUUUAGUGAAUGUAGCAGAAAGAGAAAGAAAAUAUUAUAAAAAACAUGAAAUCCUCCUUCUGGUAUUUGAGACCAGGUAUUCUCAGUCAUGAUAUCGCUUUUGACUGCAGAUUGAAUUUGUGUGUAACUGCUACUGAAGAUUACUUAAAAGGCAGCAUUUGUUUGUUUCAAACACAGGGCUAUUGAUUUUAUAAAUCUGUUAUGAAUUUGUGUGACUCUGUUAUGAAUUUUAUAAAUCUAAUUUUGUGUAUUAUUAAGUUGCGUAGCAUAGCUGCAGUGUGGUUAUUGAUUCCUUUUUGUUAUUGAUACAGCUCAAUUCCCUCAAAGGAGACGAAGGAAAGCGACAACUCCAUUUUAUUUGUGUGUGACUCCAUUUCUCUGUUUUAAGAAAAUGAAGAAGGUUUCAAACUUGCAAAAGAAGACGGCUGCCGCACAAAAGGGUGAACAAGUUACCGCCAAUUUUCGGUUGCCUCUAUUUAGAUCCAGUGCUGAAUUGGCUAAGAAGUAUGAUAUCAAAUGCGAGAUGGUAAAUAAUAAUAAUCGUGAAGGACCUAGUAAAGUAGGCAUCAGACCUCCUUUUGUGCCUGCAUCUAGGGAACUUUUCAACUUAUCUAAGUUUGAAACUACUGCUUCAAAGAUUGAUAGUUCGGCCGAUGUGUUUUAUCCAACCAAAAUGAGGACAAGGCAGACAACUCCCAGAAAAGUAGGGGCUGAAUGUACUGAUUCAACCAGGCAGCAAGUGAUUCCCAAAACAGGGCCUGAAAUUGCUUCAAGGACAAGGCAGCAACUUACUAAAAAAACAGGGCCUGAAAUUGUUGAUUCAAGGACCAGGCAGCAACAAGGAAAUGAUAAGCAGAAUCCUUCAAGUGCAAAGCAGCAACAAGGAAGUGCUAAGAAACAGGUUUCAAGUUCUAAACAAGUUUCAAGUGCUAAGCAACAAGUUUCAAGUGCUAAACAACAAGUUUCAAGUGCUAAGCAACAAGUUUCAAUUACUAAGCAACAAGCUUCGAGUGCGAAUCAGAAACGUCCUUCAAGUGCGAAGCAGAAUCCUUCAAGUGCAAAGGAGCAACCUAAGGAGAAACGGGUGGCUGACACUGCUGAUUCAAGGUCAAACCAGAAUCGUAUGAAAAGGGCAAUGGUAGAAGUUGAUGGAAAUUCCGGGACAGAGCAAGGAAGUGGCUUGAAGAAGACAAAACGAAGCCCAAUGUGUAAAUCGACAUCAGUUGAAGAAUUCCUCAAAGAAAAUGGAGAAAAUAGUGAAGAAGAUGAAUGUGAGAAUCUUGAGGAAGAAGAAAAUAUAAUGGGUGAAGAAGAAAACACUCAGCAAAAUGGAAGUAAACAAACUGAAGGGGCAAGUAAGAAAGGGACACGUGGACCAACUAAAUGUUUGAAAAUCCAUGCUAGAAAGAGUGCGGAUCGUGAAGAGGUGGUCUUAGACGAUGAUGGAGAACCUAUUGGACCCAAUGAUCGAACCGUGACAGAUUUGAGUUGUUUCCUUGGCACUGUCGCAAGGAAUUCAGACUUGUGCCCCUUAGUUUAUACUAACUUCAAAGCUUUGAAGAAAGUAAACAAGGACCGUAUAUGGGAAUUUGUCACUGAUAAAUUCAUUAUCCCUGAAUAUGGAAGUAGAGCGGUUUUCUCUCGCAUAAAUGAUGCUUGGAGGCGUUUCAAGAAAGAUCUCAAAAAGAGUUGUUUUUUAAAGUACACUACUAUGAGUGAAAGAUUGAAGCAUCGUCCCCAGACCGUACCUGAAGUUCAUUUCAAGCAAUUGAUAUCCUAUUGGAAGAACAAUAAAAUCCAAAAAAUUAGCAAAAUCAAUGCUGUGAACAGAGCUAAGCAAAAGUAUAUGCAUCGGAUGGGCCCAACAAACUUUGCGAGGAUUCGUGCAAAACUGCGUGCUAAGAAAGAGGACGGAAAGGAAGUUAGCCAGGCAGAGAUGUUCAUUGAGACUCGACAAAGUCGAAAAGGAAAACAGCUGGAUGAGGAAACUUCAAGUGUAAUUGUAAGCCAGAAAAAUCUGGACGAGUUCGUUGCUAUGGAAGAACAAUAA